AUGGCAGGAGGCUUGUCUGCCUUCGCCAUCCACGAGGAGCCAGCGAGAGCCCUCUUUGGGGACUCGCCGAUUUUAGAGCUGCUCCACGAGCAUGAUCAGUACCCCUUCGCGCAUGAGGCGGGAGUCUUCAUUGCGGCCGACGACACCCUGUUCAUCACCAGCAACCAGUAUCCGGACCCCGAGACGGGCAGGAAGAAGAUACAGAUCUCCAGGGUCAAGCUCAACAGGGCGGGAGGAAAGACGACAGCCGAGGUGGAAGAGAUCAACCCGGAGGGCGUUCCGAUGGCGAAUGGUGGUGUAAACUACGAGGGCGGCGUGCUGUUCUGCGCACAGGGCGGGCUUGACCCGUCGGCCGAGCCGGGAGGCGUCAACGACGUGGUGGUGCACAGCGACGGGUCGAUCUGGUUCACAGACCCGAUAUACGGAUACGAGCAGGGGAUCCGGCCGCAGCCAGUACUGCCAAGCCAGGUUUACCGUUUCGAUCCAAAGGGCGGUGUCGGUGGCAAGGGCAGCGUCAGGGCGUUAGCAGAUGGUUUUGGUCGUCCGAAUGGGAUCUGCUUCAGCCCGGACGAGCUGACGGUGUAUGUGACGGACACAGACUGGAUCCACGGGGACGGGACGACGGAUCUGACGAGGGCGUCUACCAUAUAUGCGUUUGACGUGGCGAAUUACUCUGGCCAGCCAUUUUUCACGCACCGACGGCUCUUCGCAAUGGCCGACACGGGCAUUCCCGACGGGAUCAAGUGCGACGUGCACGGGAACGUGUAUAGUGGGUGUGGGGAUGGCAUCAACGUGUGGUCGUCGGGGGGCGUGCUACUGGGCAAGAUCCUGGUUGAAGGCGGCGCUGCCAACUUUUGCUUCGGUAAGGAGGGCGAGAUAUUCAUCCUUAACGAGGGCAGGCUUUGGAGGGCGCAGCUGGCUGCAUCGACCAAGGGGGCAUUGUUGCGCAUAUGA